GCAACACGGGCACACUGUAUAUCGAAAGUGGCCAAGCCGUACUGUUUGAUCUGCCUCGCAGAAAGCUCAACAAGAAUUCCGUCAGAAGCACCGUCGCUAUGGCUGAUCCCACACCCCCGGCGCAAAAAACACCAUCGCCGGCAGCCGACGCUGCCGCGAAGGCACCUUCCCGCAACCCAGCCCUGCGCAUGCUCGGCCUCCCCGCCCUCCCCCGCAAGCUUCCCUCUCGGAAUUGGAUGAUAUUCUGGACCGUCUCGGCCGCCAUAUCAGCUGCAAUCAUCUACGACAAGCGCGAGAAAAAGAGAGCGAUUGCGAAGUGGCAACAUGCCGUCGAACAUCUGGCCAAGGAGCCACUGCCCAAUGCCCUCUAUCAGCCGCGCAAGCUGACCAUCUACCUUUCGAGUCCGCCUGGUGACGGCCUCCGUAUCGCCCAGGACCAUUACACCGAGUAUGUCAAGCCGAUUCUUGCUGCCAGCGGCUUAGACUGGGAAUUUGUGCAAGGCAGACGGGAGGGCGAUGUGCGCGCCUACGUGGCCGAGCGUGUGCGCCGGAUACGCCGCAAGGAGGAGAACAACGGCGAGCCCGCCCCAGACAAGGAACCUACGAAGGACGAAAUUGUCGAGGCUUUCCGCAAAUCUCAAGGGAUUACCGACUAUGACGGCGUCCGGGGCGACAUUGUUAUUGGCAGGCAUACAUGGAAGGAGUACAUCAGGGGUCUGCACGAGGGCUGGCUAGGGCCCCUUGCCGCACCUUCGGAGCCAGAGCCGGUGCCGCUCCCCACAUCAACCACUCAGGACGCCCCCUCAGAAGGCAAGCCCGCCGAGGAGAAGCCCGCAGAGGAAAAGCCGGCAGAGGAGGAGAAGAAGCCUAAGCGGCCACCACAACCAAAACCGCACAACACCACGGCCGACUACCCGACAUCAUUCCUCCCUCCUAGCGUACCGAAUGAGCUGGCGCCCGCCGCUCCUAUCAGAGAGCCUCAUCUUCUCGGCUUCCUCAACACGCCUAUACGCAUGUACCGCUUCUUCAACCGCCGCAAGCUUGCCGACGAGAUCGGGCGCGAGGUUGCCGCUGUGUGCCUGUGCACGUACCGCGAGUUCCGGCAUCUCGCCCCGGAUGCCAAUUCUGGCAACCCCACCACAGAUCAGCCUCAAUACGAGCAGCAAAAGGAGCUUGAGUGGGAAGAGAAGGACUGGAUCAAGACGGUUUGGAAGGAGGACUCCAAGGAACACAACGCCAAUGCCGCGGAGAUCCAGGAGAGAAUUCUUGCGAAACCCAUCGUCAUGGACCCGCGCAUUGCUACCCGCAUGCGCCGCUUCCAGCUGUCGCCCGAGGAGGAGGACCGGGCCAGCCGGAUUGCUGUGCCCGAGGAAGAGAUCGAGGGCUGGAUCAAGGGCCAUUUGCGCCAGUUCUAUCGCUGGGGGGUGAAGAAAGCUUUUGAGAAGAAGAAGCUGACGCCUCUGGAUGACAGCGGUGUUGACUGACCGCAAUUACUGUCAGGAGAGGCGUCCGGUC